CCAAUCGAGAUCAACUCCCUCACGCUCAUCCUCAUAAUCCUUCUCGCAACAAUGCGCCGGUGCAUAUAGCUGCCGACCCGCAGAUCUCAGCCUGAUACUGUCUGUGCCAGAAGCAUAGUUCUCGUGUCCAGACUCGGGCGCAGUUGUUCCAACCCUACGACUUGCGCUCAACUUUGUCUAAGUUGAUUCUUUCUUCGUUCUCGUCAAGCCAGUUUUCAUACUCUAGGAUCAUCAUACCGGCCCUAGAUUAUCAUGGGUGUCCCGGCGCUGUUCAGAUGGCUUACCAAGAAGUAUCCUAAAAUCAUUACGCCCGUCAUCGAGGAGCAACCUUAUGAAAUUGAUGGCGUGCAAUAUCCCGUGGACACUACGAAGCCCAACCCUAAUGGCGAGGAAUUGCACAAUUUGUAUCUCGAUUUCAAUGGUAUUGUUCAUCCCUGUUCUCACCCAGAGAACAAGCCGCCCCCAGCCAAUGAAAGUGAAAUGAUGCUGGAGAUCUUUAAAUACACUGAGCGAGUGGUGAACAUGGUCCGUCCGCGCAGAUUGCUCAUGAUCGCAAUAGAUGGAGUCGCCCCUCGUGCGAAAAUGAACCAGCAACGUGCUCGUCGUUUCAGGUCAGCGCGCGAUGCAAAAGAGGCGGAUGAAAAGAAAGCAGAAUUUCAGACACUGCUUCGUCAACAAAAGCAAGAUAGGGACGAAGACAGCGAGUCAUCGGCCGAAGAAGUAAUCAAGAAAACAUGGGAUAGUAAUGUCAUCACACCUGGCACACCUUUCAUGUUCAUCCUUGCGCAAUCUAUUCGCUACUGGGUCCAAUGGAAACUCAACACUGAUCCUGCCUGGGCUGAAUUGAAGAUCAUAAUCUCAGAUGCCAGUGUACCAGGUGAGGGUGAACACAAGAUCAUGCAGUUCAUACGUUCUCAGCGCUCUGAUCCUGAGUAUGAUCCCAAUACUCGACACGUCAUGUAUGGACUUGAUGCAGACUUGAUCAUGCUCGGGCUUGCCACGCAUGAACCGCAUUUUCGUGUGCUUCGAGAAGAUGUCAACGUCAGAGAUGCCAAGGCAAAGACCUGCAAGCUUUGCGGCCAGCAGGGCCAUUAUGCAGAGAAUUGCAGAGGUAAUGCAAAGGCCAAGUCGGGCGAGUUUGACGAAAAGGGCACCACCGAGGAAUUGAAGCCUUUCGUCUGGUUGAAUGUCCCUAUCUUGCGUGAGUACUUGGCUGCAGAAAUGUUUGUACCCGGUCAAUCUUUCCGUUUCGACCUUGAACGCGCCCUUGACGAUUGGGUUUUCAUGUGCUUUUUCGUUGGCAACGACUUUCUCCCUCACCUGCCCAGUCUGGAUAUUCAUGAAGAUGGUAUCGACAAAUUAAUUGCUAUCUGGAGAGAUAACAUCCCAGUCAUGGGCGGGUAUUUGACUUGCGAUGGAAACGUGGAUCUUGCUCGAGCCCAGAUCAUUCUCCAAGGACUUGCGAAACAGGAAGAUGCUAUUUUCAAGCGCAGGAAAGAGAUGGAAGACAGACGAGAGCGUAACCAACGACGCCGAGACCAAGACAACAAGGCCCGAGACGCCAGGGAGGCUGCGCGAAACCCUAAGAAACGCCGCAGUUCGCCUGAUUACAGCCUAGGCGGUCGGAUCCCUGCCAGAGUUGAUGCACGUGUUCCUACUGGACCAAUUGACGCCAUCGAAGCCACAAGCUAUCCCAUGCUUAACUACAAUGCAAUUGUCAACAGAACCUCCGUGGACAAGACACAGGCCUCAAACAAGAGUGCAGCAGCAGUUCUCAAGGAGCAAAUGCUUGCUAAGAAAGCCGCCGAGACUCCAAGUACGAAUGGCAAUAUCAACCCCAGCAAUGGUCCCGGUUCCGCCGAAACAACGCCUACGUCUGCAUUAGGAAAACGGAAAGCCGAAUUGAUAGAAGCCGAGUCCGACGACAGUGGUACACCUGGACGGAACACACCCGUGGAAAAAGCUCCAACCAGUGCCGACCCCAACGAUCCGCCCCCGGAUACUGUGCGACUCUGGGAAUCUGGCUAUGCUGAACGUUAUUACGAGCAGAAAUUUCACGUUUCACCGGACGAUUUUGAAUUCCGACACAAAGUUGCCAGAUCCUACGUGGAAGGCUUGUGUUGGGUGCUGCUUUACUAUUUUCAGGGCUGCCCCUCAUGGACAUGGUAUUAUCCCUAUCACUAUGCACCGUUCGCAGCCGAUUUUGUGGACAUUGACAAGAUGACCGUCAAAUUCGACAAAGGAAAGCCUUUCAAGCCUUACGAACAACUCAUGGGUGUCUUGCCCGCCUCAUCAAACCACGCCAUCCCUAAGGCUUUCCAUCCACUCAUGACUGACGAAGACUCCGACAUUGUUGAUUUCUACCCAGAAGAGUUCGACCUUGACUUGAACGGGAAGAAACAAUCCUGGAAAGCUAUCGUGCUCCUACCGUUCAUUGAUGAGAAGCGACUUCUGAACGCAAUGGCCACCAAAUAUCCUCUCCUCACAGAAGACGAGCGGAUUAGGAAUGAGCUUGGCAAGGAAGCUUUAAUCAUCUCCCACAGGCAUCCUCUGUAUGAAGAAUUGGCCUUACAAUUCUAUUCCAAAAAAGCCAAGGAUGGCAGCGUCGUCAAGCUUUCCAUGAAGAAGGGAAAACUAGCUGGCACCGCAAUGAAGAACGACGACUUCUUGCCACACAUGGAUUUGAUCGGUCCAGAAGAAGACAUCAAGCUGGAACCCAUUGUUGACGACGACCAUUCAUUAAUGGUUCACUAUUCAGCGCCGCCUGCUACUCAUGUGCAUAAGUCCAUGUUGUUUCCAGGGGUCGUGUUGCCUCCUCCGGUGCUGGACAAGAGUGAUCUUGCCAUCUUGAGAUCCAAGGCAAGAAAUUCCGGCCGCGAUUUUGGAGGCGCACCUCUUUACGAUAACUCUAGACGUGACCCAAAUGAUCACCAAAACCGAGGAGGACGGAUCAACUAUGCUGUAGACCGGUCUUACCCUGGUGCGAACCAAGCAGACACUAACAGUGACAACCCGUUCGCAGCGUUGCUUGAUCCUCGGUACGCACCACAAGGACGUGGCGGGCCUCCUCCGCCUCCGCCUCACUAUCAGAAUGGAUAUCAAAAUGGUUAUGAUCGAUAUCAAGCUCCUGCCAACAACUAUGGCAGCUACGGCGGCGGUCAACCCAACUACCAAAACUACCAGAAUUCGGCUCGUGGUGGCCAGGACCAACAUAAUUACGGAAACCAAGGUCAGAGGCAAAAUCACGGCUACUAUCAAUCUCAAGGGCAGGGUCAACGCGGAGGGGGUAAUUACAAUCAGGGAUAUGGUCGGAGGUGAUGGUCACACAAGAUGAUACCUUUUCUCAUAUGGUAAAUGAUGGGCUGCAGGAUGGCAGUUAAUUGUGUAUAUUAGCCAGUACUGCUCACUGAGACACGCAUCACGAGUAUUGCUGGCUUGCAGUCUUGCGAGCGAGGUGCCCUCGCGAUUCUUGUAAAAGUAGCUAUCGAUUGCCGAGUAUUCAUUCCACAUCCAUCAAGC